GCCAUGCCUCUGGCUAAAGAUCUGUUACACUCUUCCUUGGAAGAGGAAGAGAAAAAAAAAAAACAUAAAAAGAAGUGGCUGGUUCAGAGCCCAAAUUCUUACUUCAUGGAUGGGAAAUAUCCAGGACGCUACAAGAUUACUACAGUUUUCAGCCAUGCUCAGACAGUGGUUCAUUGCAUAGGCUGUUCAACAGUGCUGUGCCUCCCCACAGGAGGAAAAGCCAGACCCACAGAGGGCUGUUCCUUUAGAAGAGAGCAACACUAA